CAUGGGUUAUGCACAUGGACGAGCACAAUCGGUAUUGUUUGAAGCUGAAAGACGAAGCUCCAUUUCCUCGGUUCCGAGCCCUCAAACGAACCCUAACUCGCCGGGGAAGAAGAGGACACUGCGUUGGUCUGAUGUGUGUGGCAGGACACCGAAUCGCUUGAGAGUGUUAUUGUUGCUAUGCAACUUCAAUCCUCGGUUAAAGACUCUCAUAUUCCCACAUCCAACUCCAAAACCAACCCCCACUUAAUCGCUAAUUUCUGCAAAAUCGACUGUACGCUGCUUCUUUCGGACGAGCUUCUUCUUAGGAUCCUCACGAAAUUACCGGAUUCUCAGCGGAACUCCAACUUUCUUGUCUGCAAACGGUGGCUGAAUCUGUAGGGUCGUAUUGUACGGUCGCUCAGGGUAAUGGAUUUGAAUUUUCUCUUGUCGGGUAGGUUGAUUUUGAGGUUUCCAAAUCUUAACCGUGUGGAUUUAAUCUCUGGAUCUUUGAUGUGUUUUAGAAAUUCUGGUAUCUUGUUGAGUAAUAGCAUUCAUUCAAUGCAUGUUGAUUCCUGAUUUUUGCCUAUUCCGGGUGUUGGUGAGGAAAAUAUUAUUGACAAUAUGGAGAUUGAUAGAGGGCUGAAAGCAUUGGCCGAUGGCUGCCCAAAUUUGCGCAAAUUAGCUUUUAUUGGUGGAAGUGAGUUGGGAUUGUUGAGUGUGGCCGAGGAAUGUGAGACCUUGCAAGAACUUGAAUUGCACUAGUGUAAUGAUAAUCUGCUGAGAGGAAUUUGCUGCUUGUGAGAAUUUACAAAUUCUGAAAUCUGAGUCCUUGUCCUGUUCUUGAGCGGUUGCAUUUGCAGAACUGUCAACUACGGGAUAAAAAGAGUGCUAAAGCAUUGUUUAUUACUGGUGGUGCUGUGAAGGAGAUUUUCAUCGGUGAUUGCUGGGGACUGGCGGAUGACUUAUUCAGCUUUGCAUGUCAUUGCUGGAACUACUGGAGGAGUUCUGGCAAUUUUUGGAAUCUACUAAGGACACCAACUCGAACAAAAAGUGUCCCGCUUUCCUUUCCAAGAUCUUCACUCAACAGCUAGGGCUUUCAAUGGGGACAACAGAGGAGGAAAAUAAGAGGUGGGAAGAACAAUUUCCCCUCGGGAUGGCCGGGAAAAUGGAACCAGAUUUCCUCAAGAAGAAACAAACGGUUGAUUUUCUCUCAACAAUCUCUUUGAGAAAGCCCGUGGAAGCAAAAGAAAUAGAGGAAAUUAAUUACUGGGAAAACAUUGCGGAAAGAAAGUACACAGAAGCAGAGCCGAUCUUACAAAUCCUUUCUUCAAUUGAAACUCGGCUCAGUUGUUUGGACGGAUUUAUAGAAAUAAAAAAGCUGAAAAUGGAAAGGUCUCUGCUGUUCCGCCUAAAUCCAGAAAAGUUUUCAUCAUAUGGUCGCUAUGAAAUUACAUUUAUGGUUGGUAGAUUGAGGUUGCGUGAUCUCUCAACAGAUUAUUUUUGGCUACUGCAAGGGGGAGUAGAACGUUCCUGCAUAGAUAUGAUGGAAAAACUACUACGCUUGAGAAAACAAUUGAUAGAGCAGGAGGAUGAAUAUGGUGACAUAUUGAAAGGGAAAAGCUUAAAGAAUAAAGAGGAUGUAUUAAGAGAGUUAGUUAAUACAAGAAGAGAGUUGGAGCAUGCAGAAAAAGUAUAUUUAAUCUCACGAAGGAGAAACCUUCGCUCUCAGUCAUCAUCUGAGGUGGAUGAUGUAAUUUCCAAGCAAUCCGAUGAAGAGUUCCUAACAGAUAUGAUACGUAGGAAGAAAGAAAUGAUGAAGUUGGAAGCUAUAUUUGUUGGGUUAUUGCAAAAUUCCACGAAGUACUUGGUUGAGAAACUUUUAGGAUACUCUAAAGAUGUACUAGGACUGGCAGUAAGUUUGACAAGAGAGUUAUUGGCGUUGGAUGAACUGUCCGAUUCUGAGCUCAGAGAACAAAUGAAUUUCGGAAGCCUUGAUGACAUAAUAUGGAUGCUGAUGUCUUGGAGACAAUAUUAUUCGUGGGGACAACGACAAAUAUACCCAAAUUUAUGGUUGGAGAUGCACACCGACAAAGAGUACCAAAUAUAUACACUGGAAAGGAUGGUAAAUUUGAGAGAACAAUAUUUAAGGGUGGAAGAUGAAUAUUUAUGGGUAUUAGAAGAGAGACACACCAAGAAGCAUGCCAACACAUACACUUCAUUUGAUGUCCACCAAAUUCAUUUAGAGUACAUCUGGGAGAAAGUACUACAAACAUCAUUAAACUGGAGGAAUGAUUGGAUACUGCGGUUAGAUGCUUAUACUCGCGAACUACAGAAGAGCUUUGAACAUGAUGUACUGGACAACGAAAUAAUGGAGGAGUUGAAGGAGGCGGAAAGAGCAUAUUGUGACUUUAUAGAGAGAAGACAUAUAACAAAUCUGGACAACAUUCCAUUAAUGGACGUGUCUCAAAUAUAUGCAAAGUACAAUCAUCCAAAAUUAUUGGUGGACAUAAAUUCCCUGAGACUAAAAAUGAAGAAGUUGGAAAGUGAUUGUGAUCGCAUGCUACUAAAAGUUACAUACGAGUACAAGCAACAAGAGAGGGUUGAAUAUGAAAUGAUGGCCAAGGCCAGAAAACUGUUAUGGAAGAUAGACUACAGAUAUUUUGAUCGCUUCAAACACAACAUGGAAUCAAAAAAAUUUCUCCAGCUACUUCCAACCACUUCAAAGGUUCAAAGUUUCCAAGCUUCUGAAUCAUUCAACUUCUUCAAAAUGUUAAAUGAUUCAAUAAAAUCGUAUAACAUAUACUGUUCCAAGUGCCAGAACUGUAUCAACAAUUUGAUUCAAAGUGAUUUGAAAUUAGAAGAUGUUGAAGAAUCAUCUGCAAAAUUUUCAUACGAAGAUGAAAAAGACAUUCCAAAAAAGUGUUAUGAAGUUAUUUAUAAGUUUCUCAAUUUGCAUACCACACAUUGUCCUGCUUGCACGAAUUAUGUCAGAGAGGUGACAAUCCAACAUGCUCCAAAACAAUCCACGACUCUUGUACAAGUUCCAAAACCAUCCAUUCAUGGUACAGAUGAAGAAAUUAUAGACCAUCAAGAAGGCUUAGUUAUCACGAUCUUCCAUCCUGAUGAACCAAGCACUAGAGUUAGAAGGUGGGAAAUUCGUAGACUUAUAGUACUUGGUGGCUUAAUGGAAUCAAUUACAAGUUUAGCUAUUGUAACUGCAGCAAUGAGUGCAAAGAUUUCUGAUGGAAAUAUAAUAGCUUUGGCGUUGACAAAUUUGAUAGCUGGACUCUUUAUUAUUAGACAUGAUGUAUCAAGAUUGCAGAAGAAGAGAAAAAUACCUAGAAUUGAAGUGGACGGCAAUAACUACAAAGAAGUAUUGAAGGAAAAAAUGUAUAGUCUUCUCUGUUUUAUCAUCGCCUACUUAUCUUUCUUGUGUUUUGGGUUAGUGCCACCACUGGUUUAUGCACUCUCAUCCCUCAAGAUCAGAAACAAAAACCUCAAAAUCAUAGCGGCUGCAGGAGCUUCCCUUUCAUGCACUGCACUUCUUGCUGUCCAGAAAGCUCACAUUAAUCAAAAGCCAAGACAUAGGCUAGUUUAUGUCAAAACUGCAGCCGUAGAUGUUUCAGUGGGAGUUGGGGCUUUUGGCAUAUCAUAUCUAGCAGGUUACAUGUUUGGACACCUUGCAGAGGAACUUCUGUGGGACUUGUGAAACUCAGCACACCCACUUCAUCAUUUUGCUUUGGUUUCUGCAGAAUAUGGUUAUACAUAAGUCUUUGAUCAACUUCUAUGCUGGUUCAGUUGGUAAAGAAAUGGGAUAUCUUAACUGGAAUUGCUAUGUUAUUUAACACCCAGUUCAGCACUUUAUUCAAUGAUGCAAUUCUUUAUUGCCAGCUUGUCGGUUUACUUCAAUAUCUCACAUUUACCCGACUCGACAUUGCCUUUGUAAUCAAUAGAGUAGGUCAAUUCAUGAUCAUCCCACAAUUCUUCUUGUUUUCUUUUCUUUGUGGAUCAAGCAACCUGGCAUUAUGUUUAGUUGAGAAGAUUUGUCUCUCACAACCCUUUUGUAACUCUGUCAGGUUGGUGAUACAUCUGAUACAUCUGAA